ACAGCCCCAUGCUGCCCGGGCUCUCAUUCACAGCUUUCUAGAGAAAUCUGAGCUCCAACUGCCAGGAUAGGCGAUCUCACCCACCCAGUUCAGCCGCGAGGACACCUGCGGAAACACAUUCUCCAAGCAAGCCUGGGCGGCGGUGUGAAGUAAGCAAUGGCCUUGGUUUUCCUUCUCUUUUGGAUGGCCACCAGCACGUAGGGCCUGAAUGUCCUGCUGUUUUCCAAGAGCAGAAGGAAGACUCUGCAACUGUCUGUUUUGGGGGCAGUCUUGUAGGAGAACCGUUGAAUGGGCCACGGAUUCAGCACCCUUUCAUGUGAAUGGGACCAAUUUCUGUUCCUCCCAAACCUCAGAGCUUAAGCACUUGGGAAGGAGAUUGGGCCAAGAUGACGCAUUUGCAGGCUGGGCUCAGCCCAGACACUAUAGAGAAAGCCCGAUUGGAACUGAAUGAGAACCCCGACGUUUUACAUCAGGACAUUCAACAGGUCAGAGACAUGAUCAUCACCAGGCCGGACAUUGGGUUUUUACGUACAGAUGAUGCCUUCAUCCUGCGAUUUCUCCGAGCCAGGAAGUUUCACCAAGCCGAUGCCUUCAGACUCCUGGCCCAGUACUUUCAGUACCGCCAGCUAAACCUGGACAUGUUCAAAAACUUCAAGGCAGACGAUCCCGGGAUUAAGAGGGCUUUGAUCGACGGGUUCCCUGGAGUGCUGGAAAAUCGUGACCACUACGGCAGGAAGAUUCUGCUGCUGUUUGCUGCCAAUUGGGAUCAGAGUAGAAACUCCUUCACAGACAUCCUCCGUGCCAUUCUUCUGUCCUUGGAAGUGCUCAUUGAAGAUCCUGAGCUUCAGAUAAAUGGUUUCAUCUUAAUUAUAGACUGGAGUAAUUUUUCCUUCAAACAAGCCUCCAAACUGACACCUUCUAUCCUUAAACUGGCCAUCGAAGGGCUGCAGGACAGCUUUCCUGCCCGCUUUGGAGGAGUCCAUUUUGUCAACCAGCCCUGGUAUAUCCAUGCCCUGUACACGCUCAUCAAGCCAUUCCUUAAAGACAAGACAAGAAAACGGAUUUUCCUACAUGGAAACAAUUUAAACAGCCUUCACCAGCUAAUCCACCCUGAGUUUCUGCCGUCUGAAUUUGGAGGAACCCUUCCUCCUUAUGACAUGGGGACGUGGGCCCGGACGUUACUUGGUCCUGACUACAGCGAUGAAAAUGACUAUACCCACACCUCCUAUAAUGCCAUGCAUGUGAAACACACCUGUUCCAACCUGGAGAGAGAAUGCUCACCCAAGCCCAUGAAAAGAUCUCAGUCUGUGGUAGAAGCUGGGACCUUGAAACAUGAAGAGAAGGGAGAGAAUGAGAACACGCAGCCCCUGCUGGCUCUGGACUGA